AUGGACGAGGUUGAUGCAUCUUACCAGGGUAAUCUUCAGUCUGUGUGGGAUAUUCUUAAGACACAAGUCAGACUCUCUGACAUCGCUGACCACAUGGUGGAAAGAGGCACCCUCACUUUAGAUCAGUGGGAGGAGCUGAAUUCUGGACAUCUUUCCGAGGAGGACAAGACGGAGGAGUUUCUUUACAUUUUACUCCGACAGAAUUCUCCUAAGCAUUUCAGAGCUUUUAUUGAGGCUCUGAUAAACAAUGGUCAGAGUGAUCUAGCUUCUAAACUCCAAUCCCAAGAUAUUGGUGUUUCUGGCCUAAACUUCACUUGGAAUUGCAUUGAUAAACAGACAAUGACUGAUGAAUUGUGUAACAGAGGUGCAGCUUCAGAUUGCAUUGAAUCAAAUACAGCUAUGAGGCACAGUGUUGAUAUUAUGGAACGUUUAAUGGAGAAGUUAGAGAUAAUGUACGAGCGGCAAGAGCAGAAGAUAGAUUCUAUCAUUUCAGAGCAGAAGACAGCCCAAAAGCAAAUGGGGAUAGUUCUCGAAAGCAAUGAAACGGUAAAGGUUCAAAUGGAAAACAUUGCAGAGAAAAUUGAAAACAAGUUCGAGAUUCUCAAGAGCAACCUCAAAGAGAAACAGACAGACUAUGAACUUCUCAACGAAAGGUACAGGAUGCUGCUAGAAGGACACGAGAAAAAGGAAGAGGAGUUGAGAGAUCUAAAGACCAAAGUACAGAAUAUCGAAUCCAAUCCUGAGAUGCAAUCAAACGAAAUGAUGCAAAAUCUACAGACCCAAUUUAUUGCCUUAAAAAAGACAAAUGAGGAGAGAGUCAGCCGACUGAAAAGCUUGCACACGGAGACUAAAAAAUUUCUUAAGGUGUACGCUGAAACAUUCCAGAUUCCACAACCCGAGCAUCUAAGUGAGAUAGAAGAACAUUUUGGGUCUAUUAAGGACAGUAUGCAUUCACUGAAAAGUGACAAAGAAUCUCUUAAGCUAAAAAUCACGUUGUUGGUGAAAGAAAAUGAAAACCUGAUUGCAAAGAGUCGGAGGUUGGAAGAAAAUAUUGUAGACAUUGAAAAAGAGAAAAGCAAAAUCGAAGUGCAGAUGAAGAAAACAAAGGGAGCCAGGUCUCACAGAACUACCAGUAAUUUAAAAGGUAGAGGCAAAAAGUGCCACUGAGGUUUCAAAUAAGCUUCUUAUAUUGUAUGAGAGGCCAAUUUACCUAGUGUUCGAUUUCUCGAUAAUAAGGGUUUGUCGUCUUUGCUAUUUUCUGAUUUUCGAAGAUAAUUCUGAAGAACAUUUUUCUUCCGAACAAGCAAAAUGGGAUUUAUAAACUUACUUGACGAGGAAUUUGCUGAUUUGAC